AAAAAGCUGAUCUUUAUGACGAAGCUCACAGGCUUUUAUUUUGACGGGGUCCACUUCACAACCGGAAGCGCGGUUCUGCCAGUCAGCUGGUGGCGGUGUGUGAGCAGCCGGGCCGUCAUGUCAGUGGGCUUCACGGAUGACGAGUUCCAGGCGGCCUGGAAGGAGCUGGACCAGCCGCAGCUGGACGGAGGCUGGGAGCUCUUCACCGAGACCAUGGGGGUCCAGAUCUACCGGCUCCUUGACCAGGAAACUGGACUCUAUGAGUACAAAGUCUUUGGGGUCCUGUCCAACUGCAGUCCAGAUCUGUGUGCCGACGUCUACAUGGACCUGAUGUACCGCAAACACUGGGACGGAUACGUGAAAGAGCUCAGAGAAAUGGACAUUGAUGGACAAAGAGUGAUCUACUGGGAAGUGAAGUACCCGUUCCCCAUGUCCAACAGAGACUACAUCUACGUGAGGGAGAGGAGAGACCUGGAKGUGGACGGGAGGAAGAUCUGGGUGGUCUUGGCCAGAAGCUCCCCGGAGACGGCGUGCGAGGAGAAGAAGAGCGUCCUACGGGUCAGAGACUACAAGCAGAGCGUGGCCCUGGAGGGCAACGGAGCCGGGGGGACUAAAGUUUUCAUGAACUACUUUGACAACCCUGGUGGGAUGAUUCCCACCUGGCUGGUGAACUGGGCUGCAAAGUCCGGGGUCCCGGGGUUCCUCAGGGACAUGCAGAAGGCCUGCAGCGAGUACACCAGCUACUGUCACAGGAAGUGACAGCUGCUCAGGAGGAAGAGGAGGGGCUUACAUCACGUUUAUUAUCCUCCUGUUUACUCAGGCGUGACAUGCACGGACCGGUUCUGUUCCAGUGCUGCUGUCUCAAGCAGAACCGGGUCUGCCUCUGUGGGGUUCUGCAGGUUUAACAGUUUUUAUAAACUGUCGAUGCUGAUCGAUCCGUUAUGUUGUGAAACRAUCUGCUUCUCUUUGCACCAGGUCAUCCUGACUCCUUGUUUACUCUGAGCCAGACGGGUUUUUAAUUAUUCUUGGGACGUUUUUGUCUUUUCACUGGAACUCACUUUUUACUGCGAAUGAUUGGUUUAAUGACUGGUUUAAUGAUUGAUUGACAGGUAAUUGAUUAUCUCAGAUGUUUUAUUUGACAUCAGAACCUCUGACCUGUUUGGUUUGUUCUGCUCAUGAUGGAAUAUUACUGUGUAAGAAAACUGUUAAUGACGAAAUAAACUCAAAUUUCAGGUC